UUGUUGACAAAAAAGUUUGCUGACGAACGGUACAGUAUUCAUCGCACUUGUCAUGGCUGUUUUCACAAAGGUUUACUUUCAUUAGUCUUUUCUCUCAGUUUUUCCAAAAAGCUCAGUAUGUCUGGUGAUCAUAAAAACUAUAUCAAAGGUAACCCAUCUCAGUAUGUAAAAUUGAAUGUUGGCGGAUCCCUGCAUUACACAACCAUCGGAACCCUCACGAAACAUGAUACCAUGCUCCGAGCCAUGUUCAGCGGACGAAUGGAAGUAUUAACGGAUUCAGAAGGUUGGAUUUUGAUUGAUCGAUGUGGCAAACAUUUUGGUGCAAUUCUGAACUUCUUACGUGAUGGUGUAGUUCCUCUCCCUGAUACUGCAAAGGAAAUGGCCGAGCUGAUGGCUGAAGCAAAGUAUUACUGUAUCUCUGAACUGUCAGAAUCUUGUGACAGAGCUCUAAAAAAAUUAGAAAGGGAAGCUGAGCCGAUAUGCCGUGUACCUCUAAUUACGUCUCUUCGAGAAGAACAGAUAUUAAUCAAUUCCACUCUCAAACCAGUUGUGAAACUACUCAUUAAUCGCCAUAAUAAUAAGUAUUCAUACACAGUAGCAUCAGAUGAUAAUUUACUGAAAAACAUAGAGCUAUUCGACAAAUUAUCUCUUAGAUUCAGUGGUCGAGUUUUAUUCAUCAAAGAUGUCAUUGGUUCAAGUGAAAUUUGUUGCUGGAGUUUCUACGGCCACUGUAAAAAAGUUUCCGAAGUCUGCUGUACAUCAAUUGUUUAUGCCACAGACAAAAAACAUACCAAAGUUGAGUUUCCAGAAGCAAGAAUAUACGAGGAAGCAUUGAACAUUCUGCUGUACGAGAAUAGGAAUGGACCUGAUCAAGAACUGAUGCAAGCAACAUCAUCGCGGGGUGCUGUUGCAGGGAUGUCAUCAUAUACAAGUGACGAGGAAGAAGAAAGAUCUGGCCUUGCACGACUUCGCUCCAACAAGCAAAAUAAUCCGUCCUCAGUAUAACAAAUAUCCAGGAAAUGAUUCAUUCAUUUAUGCUCUUUCUUGACGAAAGAAUACUAUGACUGAGGCUUCGAGCUAUCGAAGUAAAACUGGAGAUAAGUGGGAAUGUGUGCUUUGAGUUUUUUGGUUGUGCUGCUUCACUGCCUCAAUCCCUGUUGAAACCUUAUAUUUCUUCAGACCACUCUGAGGAGCGGAUGAACUAAGGUAAGAGAGAAGAUCUCGCAUUACUAAGCGCUUCGAAUAAUUUCCAUUGUUUGAGGUUAUGAAAACCUCUGCAUGACAGGAAACAAUUUGUCUAGAGCCUAUCUCUAUCAUUAGGCAAUGAGUUUUUUUACUUACCUUAAUUUUGGAUAUUGCAAGCAGGAUGUUUUUUACAGAUAUCCUUAUUUGUGUAAUUUUUCCACCAAAGAAGACUGUGAUCUGGAUAUUGUUCUGAGUUUCCCUUGUACUCGGCCAAUCUUCGCAAUGAUCUUCAAGUAGCAUUAAGGGUGAAAAAUGAGAAAUAUUUAAUCCAAAAAUUCCAAAGAAUUUCUUGUUGAAGAAAAUAUUUUUUCCCUAUAUCCCAAUUUGUCUGUCUGUAACGAAGUCACAUACAUCAGCAUUUUACUAUCAAUAGGAAGAAAAUUUUGAAAAGCAUUUUGACAGACAUUUUUAAAAAAGCGAUUUCGUAUUAAAAUUAGAAUCUUCAAGUCUAAUCCUUAAACAUAAAUAAGUAACUAAAUAAAAAAGUAUGUCAAUGACACUGAUACAAUGAAUGGACAAGAAAUCAUACUCAUUCAGAUGAGGCAAGAAUUUUGUUUACAAGUAAAAGAUGUGAUGUUAAAAUCUUGAGUUUUUCUCAAUUAGUAAUGAAGCCACAAUCAAUAAAAUCCACAAUUGGUCAGCAGAAUCAGUAACCAUUGCUGCCAAUUGAAAUUGUAAUGUUUGUCUGUCAUAAGAAUGGCUGUUACAAGAAAGACAUUUACAAUGAAUGUUUGAGAUAAUUUGGUAAAUUUAAUGUUAUUUUCGUAAAGACACUUGGAAAUUUUAAAAUUAGUGUCUGCUAUGAGGAGUUUUAGUAAAAUUUUGUCUCAUAAUUUUGAUGGUAUCUGUUUCAAGGAAUCUGAUUUUAGCUCAGGAUACAAUAAAAGAAUAAUGAAUGGCUUUUUGUUUCGAGGUCCCCAAGUGUAAAAAAAAAACUGGAAUCGGUGAUUCAAGUGAUUCAAACCUGUUAAUUUCCUAGAGAAUUGCUGAAAAAAUUAUAUUUUUGGGGGUCAUACUUUUGACUAUAAGCAUCUCUGCCUGUGCUGUGAGAACAGAGAUGUCCAUUCUCAGUACCCUAUGUAGACAAGGCGGUGGAACUCGCGUGUUUGUAAGAGGUCCAAUUUAACUUGCAAUUACCAAUGAAAUGUAGUAACACUUAAUGCGCAUAAAAUGAAGUGAGUUUUAAGCACUGGGGCUAAGUGUGUACCAUGUUACACCAUUGGAAUUUGAGCUGUAAUGAGACCCGAUCAAAGUUACUAAAAUGUAACCUAAGCCGCGACAAAACUCACUUGAAGUCACUAAAUUGUGACGAAUGCUUGAGGGCACAAACCUAAGCUCCAAAGGCAGAGAAUUACUGUAAGUAAAAAUGAUAAGACAAAAUUGAAAUAAAAACGCAUUGGUGUCUUCUCAAGACAUCUCGGAAGCUUGACCACCCAAAUCGGAUUCGUCGUCCCAUGGAGUUUUCUCCGCGCAAGAAAAUUGAUUUGCGGUGACUCAUCGCGAUAGAAAAAGCAAGAGGAGAACAGUUCUGUGAGGAACAGAUUUCAUACCUUCUUAGCCACACAAAUUCUUCGAAAAAUUCUUCAAUCGUUGGACUUGAGGCCAUAUCUGUCUUCACAAACGUUUUGUUGAGCUACUCAUCAACGAAACUGCGCGCGCAGGGCGGAUUUAAAGCGAAUAUCAAUAGGUUGAAUUUGAAUACUAGCAGGCUGCAACCUCAACAUCUUCGGCAACUUGGACAGGGAACUGUAAAGCCAAUAAAUGCCAUCUUUAAAAUGAAUGAUUCCGUAUUUAAUGCUGAUUAAUUUGCAUCCGUUAGAAAUGAUUUUGAUGUUCCAUUUUCUCUCUGAAAUCAUUUUCUUUAAAAUGAAAACAUCGUCAUAUCCCGACCCGUAAUGGCUCAGGCAGACAAUCUGCUUGAUUCCUUUUCGCGGCCUCUGGAGAAAGGUUAAGAAGUCUGUGAUAUACGUGAAAACGAGUAUUGCAUCCCCUUGUUUGGUAAGCGAUUCAGCAGCCCCAAGGUUUUAAAGGAUGCUCUCCAGGAGAUUUUAAAAAUCCUCUUCACAUGCAGGAUGAAAAUUUAAAUCUAAAAUUCGAGUUUACAAGAUAAAGUUGACACUGCAAUUUGAACAGUUUGGAUGCCGAUCUAUUGUAAUAGUCAGCAAUUUUUCCGUUAAUUUUGCACUGGUAGUUAAUCUGAAUACAUAAUUUUCUAAAUCUUUCCUCAGGAAAGUACCUCUCAAAACACGGGCCGCAGAAAAUGUGGCUGCAGGUGUAUGACAUGUUCCCAUUUGGCAGCAGACAAACGGGACAUUUAAUGCCUGUCUCCACUAGCUCUUCCUCGUCAUCAGAUAUAAUGAUGAUUUCAUGUUAGGCAGGCUGGGCGGGCAAGGAGGGCAAGGGGGGCUGGGCGGCAGGACGAAUUACUCGAGUCCUGCUUGUACUUGACCACGGCCGCGACCACGUGUACGGCUGCGACCACGCCCGCGACCACGUAUUAGAUUCGCAAGUGGUUCAUCCUCCUCAGAGUCUGAGGUGCGCUGUACAGGCUGGGCGUCCUGGGCGUCCUGGGGGGGGCUGGGGCUCAUCCACCUCCAUUCCUUCUGGCUCGGAGUCAAAUAUUUCCUCGAUGGCCUCGGGUUGAUAGCGCAUGAUUGGGGGGCCGUCUUCUGUCAAAAUAAGAUCACCGUGAUGAGUGCCUUUGACGGACUUACUCGUCUGUAGCUGUAGCACAGUUAUUCGGGGGGCUGAAGUAAAUUUGUCUUCUAGAGUCUCUAAUUUGAUAUGCACCAAAUUAUUUACGACUAUAAACAAAUUACAGGCAUGCGCCCCUGCAUGCGCUCUAAUUUUAUCCCAAACAUCAGAGAGGACGGAUUGCGGGACAGUGCCCGCUGUGCUUCGGCUAACGACGGCUACGUAUCUGUAGCCGUCAUACAGUACAGUGCCCGUUGGGCUGUCUCCAAUGCGAUUAAUGUAUUUCUCUUACAUUGUCGGCCCUGGAACCGGCACUUGAGGGAAGUGUGACCCAAGCCCUCUUCCAGAAUUGUAGCAUGUCUGUUUUGAAAUAUUCGCCAAAACGACCUCUUUCAAGUAAAAAUCGCCAUUUUUCGCGAAUGAUUUUCAAAAAUCGGAGGAAGGAUCCCCUUUGAUACUUUUGACAAAGAAAGCGUAUCUUUCAUAGUCAGUGGAAGCCAUGCUGGUCAAAAAAGAGAAGCCACAUAAGAGAAGCCGUCAUUGUAAAACGCUAAAUCUGAAAAAUGAUAAAAACUGAAACUCCUCACAAAAGUGUUCCAGUAAUAAAAAAUUUCUCAGCCAUUUCCCAUCAUUUGUGUGAGCUCCCUCUGACUACACAUACCUUAAAUUACAUGGAUUAAGCUUUAAAACAACUCCCAUAUCUCUCCAGAGACCAAAAAGGUCUGAUAUUAAAUCUUGAUUCAUCGAAAUGUGUAAAAUUUCAAGACUUCCGUGAAACUGAUCCAGUAAUAAAAAAUUUCUCAGCCAUCUCCCAUCAUUUGUGUGAGCUCCCUCUGACUUCACAUACCUUAAAUUACAUGGAUUAAGCUUUAAAACAACUCACAUAUCUCUCCAGAGACCAAAAAGGUCUGAUAUUAAAUCGUGAUUGACCAAAAUGGGCAAAAUUUCAAGGCUCUCGUUAAACUGAUCCGAUGAUAAAGAAUUCCUCAGCCGUCUGACAUCAUUCGUAAUGGCUUCCUGUGACUCCAGCAAACCUAAAUUACACAUAUUAAGCUUUAAAACAACUCACAUUUCUCUCCAGAGACCGAAAAGGUGUGCUAUUAAAUCGUGAUUGACCAAAAUGGGCAAAAUUUCAAGGCUCUCGUUAAACUGAUCCGAUGAUAAAGAAUUCCUCAGCCGUCUGACAUCAUUCCUAAUGGCUUCCUUCGACUCCAGCAAACCUAAAUUACACAGAUUAAACUUUAAAACAACUCAAAAUUCCUUUCAUAGACAGAAAAGGUGUGAUAUUAAAUCUCGAUUCAACAAAAUGCGUAAAAUUUCAAGACGUCCGUGAAACUGAUCCAGUAAUAAAAAAUUUCUGAGCUGUCCCCCAUCAUUUGUAUGAGCUCCCUUCGACUUCACCAAGCCUAAAUUACAUGAAUUAAGCUUUAAAACAACUCAAAUUUCUCUCUAGAGGCAGAAUAGGUGUGAUAUUAAAUCUUGAUUCAUCAAAAUGCGUAAAAUUUCAAGACUUCCGUGAAACUGAUGCAGUGAUAAAAAAUUGCUCAGCCGUCUCUUAUGAUUUGGAACAGCUCCCUGUGACUCCAGCAAACCUAAAUUACAUAGAUUAAACUUUAAAACAACUCAAAUCUCCCUCCAGGGACGAAAUAGGUGUCAUUUUAAAACGCAAAAUCUGAAAAAUGAUAAAAACUGAAACUCCUCACGAAAGUGUUCCAGUAAUAAAAAAUUUCUGAGCUAUCUCACAUCAUUUGUACUAGCUCCCUUUGACUUCUCCAAUCAUAAAUUACAUGGAUUAAGCUUUAAAACAACUCAAAUUUCUCUCUAGAGGCAGAAUAGGUGUGAUAUUGAAUCUUGAUUCAUCAAAAUGCGUAAAAUUUCAAGACUUCCGUGAAACUGAUGCAGUGAUAAAAAAUUGCUCAGCCGUCUCUUAUGAUUUGGAACAGCUCCCUGUGACUCCAGCAAACCUAAAUUACAUAGAUUAAACUUUAAAACAACUCAAAUCUCCCUCCAGGGACGAAAUAGGUGUCAUUUUAAAACGCAAAAUCUGAAAAAUGAUAAAAACUGAAACUCCUCACGAAAGUGUUCCAGUAAUAAAAAAUUUCAGAGCCGUCCCCCAUCAUUUGUAUGAGCUCUCUUUGACUUCACCAAGCCUAAAUUACAUGGAUUAAGCUUUAAAACAACUCAAAUUUCUCUCUAGAGGCUGAAUAGGUGUGAUAUUAAAUCUUGAUUCAUCAAAAUGCGUAAAAUUUCAAGACUUCCGUCAAACUGAUGCAGUGACAAAAAAUUGCUCAGCUGUCUCACAUGCUUUGGAACAGCUCCCUGUGACUCCAGCAAACCUAAAUUACAUAGAUUAAACUUUAAAACAACUCAAAUCUCCCUCCAGAGACGGAAUAGGUGUCAUUUUAAAACGCAAAAUCUGAAAAAUGAUAAAAACUGAAACUCCUCACGAAAGUGUUCCAGUGUUAACUCAUCAGCUGAUAUAUUCCUAACCUAGUAUUAUUCAAUAAACUCAUAGUUGAAUGUGGAAUGGAGUCAUUGUCCCUUUCAUUGACUGAGCGUUCCACAUAAUGAUUGGAAAAAAAACAUAGGCAUCGAGUUAGAUAAUAAGGCGUUGAAUUGCAACAGCAAUAAUCACCGACAGUUGGUGCUGUCUGUGAGAGACCACACAGCACCCCUGUUAGUUUGGGGAAGGGUUGGUUCCAGUACUGGGUUGUAACGGCACUGGUGGAUCACUUAGGGCUACUUUCGCUGGUGGAGGUGUUGGCUCGUCCGAAGAUAUGCUUGGUCCGAAGUUAAUGCUCAUUCUUCUUUUCAAGCCUGGUAGGGGCACAACCGUAGUCGGCGGGGCAGGGUGGGUGACCUUGAGAGCCAUGGCAAACCCAAAGGAAAGGAUCGCAUUAUCCAGCAUCGAGGUGCCCAACGCUUCGAGUGUCUGUGGGCCAACAACCACUUCUUGAAGUACAGGUGCGUAUGCUGUAUUGGAAAGCCAAUCAAAAGACUGGACGGUGCAUGGUUCGAAGCAACGACGCAUCCCAUCCCAUAUCGGUGGGUUGGGGUUAGCUGGCACAAUCAAGGCAGGGGUGAGGCCGGUCCGAUCCCAUGCAAAUGUCUGAUAGCUAAAUACCGGCUGCCCUUGUGGUAGGAAACCGGUAAGAGCCUGUGAAAUAAUUGUCAUCGCUAGGGCUCCAUAAGGCUUCAGGGAAUAUGGAGAGGUGGACAGCAUUACUUCGCGGUAAUCCGGGGUGCCACCGCUAGCGUACCAGCCUCGUGUGUUUGGCGGUCCUUGUAUAACAACCUCAUUCCUUAGGUCAGCCGUCGUAUGGUAGUCGACUGGACCCCACUCUAUUGGAAAUGUGUCUAACCACGACAUUAUGCUCAUUGGGUUCCCGAAACGCGGGGGAUGAUGAGGAGAAUUGAUGCCGAAAGGCCCUUCAAAGCCCCAGGUUAGUAUCGGGGCAUUCCAGCUGCGAGUGGCAAGGCUGGUUAAGGGUAGGACUCCACCAAUAUGUCUAUCUAUAGCAUUGACAACAAGAAUAAACAAUGAGGGUGAAUCAUUCACGUCUCCAGAAACAUUUGUAGUAAGAGCCAGCUCGUUGGCGAGCUCCAGGUAGAGGGGUGGAGUUAAGUUUGGAAAAUUGGGCGCUUCGUCGUCCAUCGUUGAAAAAAAGCCUUUUUUAAGGGACUCGUUACGUCGCACUCUUUUACCAUACUGACAUAAUCUUCUAUUGAAACCCGAUGGCUGACACCAGGACUCGCUAAUUCCGCGGUUGCGAGAAUUGAUGCGAAUACGUCUUGUGGAAACAAGACACUUCCCGGCUCCCUACUAAGGUGAGGAUUCAGGAGGGCGUAAGCCUCACCUGUCAUUCCUCCCUUAGGAAAUUUGGGCGCUUUGUCGUCCAUUGUUGAAAAGAGCCUGUUUCAAAGGACUCGCUUGGUCGCACUCUUUUGUGUGGCCGUAGCCGAUGUAACUGCAAAUGCAUUUCAUUGCAGUUGCAGUUCCUGAGUUGUUAAUAUUAAGGAUUGACCGUGUUCCUGAUGACAUAUAAAUUGCGAAAGCACGCCAUCUUUGGAUUGACAAGUUUCGUGUGCUAGAGCAUUUGCGAGCCAACCAUUUUCCGAAACGGCCCCGAAGGAUCUUGGUGAGGUAGCACCUACAUGUGCUGUUGUUGUAGUCGCAGGUGUGGAGGACGUGUAAGUGUCCUCCGUGCGCUGCAAUACAGUUAGGUGCCUGUUCUAAGUUUAGCCAAAGAUCGCAUAGCGCCGUUUUCACCGGUUCCUCCAGUUCCGUUUUUAUAAAUAUCGUGAAGAAUGUAUCUUUUUGCAUGAGCGUCGCGAUAUCCGGCCAUCCACACGUCCUCAGCGAUUCUCCUGUCCGUUUCAACUUCUUCAUUUGGAGUUCCCACGCGCGAAAGAUUUUCAUCAACUCCGUCUGUUGAGGAUCCGCAAGACCCGAGUAGAACAUCGGGUCAUGCAUCAGCCUCCUCAUUUCCUCGAUCACUCUCGGAAACGGUGCCAAGCCUUGAUCCGCGAACGGUAUGAGUUCUUGAAGUAAUUUCCCCAACGGAUGAUUGUCUAUUUUCUUGGCCCUCCGUUCGGCUCUCUUCUUUUCCGCAAAAGCCUUUUUCUCAUCUCCGGGAAAAAAAAUCUCCAACGUGUACAUGCGAAGAAAACGAAAUAAAAAUGCAUUAAAUACUUAAAUUACGUUAUAAGUACGUUGGAUUAAAUGAUAAGUAAGCGUAUGUGCCCUAAUUCAAUUUUUAACAUUCUUAAAAGCAAUGUAUUACAAGGAAAGAAAUUUAUCGCUGUCCUUAAUCGACGUUGAAAUGACUUGAUUAGGAAUAUACAUAAAGUAACUGACUUUAAACGGCAUAAUUACCUUUUUAAAUUUUAAUACUAUUUUUUUUUUCAAAAUGAAUUAAAGACCUAAAUUACCGUAUGUAAAUUUUUUUAAUAAUAAGUACGUCAAAAUGGAUGAAGUACUUAAAGUACUUUAUGCUAAGUGUAAUCAACCAUAUUUCGCCUAAUUUAAUUUUAAACAAUAUUCAAAGCAAUAUUUAACAUGGAAAGCAAUUUGAUACAAAGUAACUAUGUAAGGAUAAAUGAAAUACUUAGUUUAAUUUUUAAUUUUUAAAAGCUGUGUUUACCGAAUUGAACAAUGACCCAAUUGAUGAAGAGAACGAAAUUGAAUAAUUACAUGAAUGAUGACGAGCGUAGCUGUAAAAAUGCAUAAUAAUAAAAUGAUAAUUGCUGAAUUUACACUAUUUAUUGGGUUGCUAGCCGUAAUAGGCUAAAUCACCUAACACCUAAACGAUAUUCAUUUCAUAAAGAAAAAUAUAAAAUUUUAGUAAACACUGCCUGGAGGAUGGAAUACAAGAUGACAAGAGGUGCCUUUCCUAAUUAUCUUACUAUCUUACCUUCAGUGCUAUUUUCACAUUGUAUCUUGAUUGAAUGCUUUUAUCUGCGCAUAGGAAAAACUGAUUUCUAUAAAUCAAGAUUUCUCCAACAUUCAUUUGUUUCAAUCUUGGUUCCAGCUUUAUGUAUUCUACUCGGGGCAUAAUUGCCUUUACUUCUCGGCGGAGGGGUAACAACCUUAAAUUUUGAGCAUUGAAGAAAACUACGUGAUGGAAUCCAAAAGGUACCGGUGCGUAGAGGUUGUUUCGAUGAAUCUGAGUUACAUAAAUGUCCGAAUAAUUUUUGAACAGCUGAUGGGUUUCCUCUCGGAUGCUGAAACAAUCAUCCAAAAAUGUAAAAUAUAACUCUUAAUAGGUGGUUGCACAUUAAGUGAUCAAGGCAACAAUCAUCAUCACCUGUGAUCAUGUCAUCAAUGUAAAUCAAGGCAACAUGAUCAUUAUUGUAACCAAUUUUAUGUCCACAGGAAAUUAAAAAUCCUUAAAAUUAUCUUGCGGGUGCGCAGGCCGGCCUCGGCUUGGAGUAGCCUCGCCACGUCGCGCAGCGUUCGGCGAGCACCGUUCAGGGCCUCGUCGCCCUGGUGCGAAUCGAUGUAUUGGCUGGCCAAUGCAAGGACUAUGCGAUUGUUCGCUUAGUUUUUGACAAUUUCUGAUAUUUGUCAACCCGUUAGCCUACGGCUAGCCGUCGACAAGCCUCCUCCACCUGCUCCAGCGCUCGAGCUGUUACCGCGUCCACGUCUCCCUGGUCCGGAAGACCCUCCAGAGCACGGUUGUGCCAGCGGCGCGCCUCGCAGAGGCGAGCUCUGUUGGAUAUUGCCGCCUCCCAGUUGAGGGACAUCACCUCCCGGAAGUCCGAGACGUCCCUGCGGAUACGGGCCAUCUCUUCCGGGAGCAACUGGUGGCGCAACGUUAUGACGCCCACCAGUCGGAUCUUCUGGGCUAGAUCGAGCAUUGUCUUUAUCAGCUUGCCAUGCCGAUGACCCCGAACUCCCCGGUGGUAGGGACAAAGCGCGACAUCUGCAUAGCCGCCUCCACGAUGAGUUGGAAGAAGGCAGGAUCCAGGAUUUCGAGGAGACUGGGGACGCGGGAGGGACCACCGAGGCGGGUGCGCAGCUCGCCCACGGCUAUGAGCAGCCUCGCGGCGUGGCGGAGGGUAUGACGUGCGCCGUUAAAGGCCUCGUCGCCCUGGUGAGUUUCUAUGUAGCGCGCCGCCAAUGCGAGGACCAACUGGUCCCCUAGCCCGAGCGUGGCAGUGGGGUCGUGGCGAAGGCUCGGGCUGAGCGCAUCGACGACCCGGCCGAGCUGCUCGGGCGUGUACGGCAGCGGGCAUGUCCUACUUGUGGCAGUAGCAGCGGUUACGGCGGAGGAGUUGCUGGCGGGCUGCUCCGGGGUCUGGUCAUGGCGGGGUGGCGACGGCGAGAGCAAUGGUAUGAUCGCGAGGAGCGGGUUGUAGGGUACAUUCUGGAGGCGUUCUGGAUUUCAUGGGGCGUCUUAAGGCUCAUCGUAGCGUCAGUUCAUCGAGUCAGUUUCAUGCGGGAGUCGUCUGAGUGAUUUUUAAACAUGCACUUCCAACGGUCACGGCGAUUUCUCUCGUUUACAUCUUGUUCCAGUUGAUUGUGUCCCAAACCAAGACGUAUUUCUAACUCUUCUACCAUACUUAUACAUGUUUGGAAAAGCAACAAAUAAUAAAAUAUAAAUUAAGGUAUGAAGUAAUAAAUUACAAACCAUUAUGUUGCCAUUUUAUUCUUUUUAUUACCCUUAGGCCUUUCGGCUUACGCCAUCAUCAGAGGGAUUUGAAACUUAACUACAUUACAAAACUACACCAACAAAUACCAACUACACAACAAACAAACAAACAAACAAACAAACAAACAAGUAAAAUCAAGCAACUACAUGAUUACAUUUUCAAAUUUAAGCAAGCUGAACGAAUCAUCAAUAUUUUAUCCCAUUCAUUUAAGUGAGUUUGGUAAAUAAGGUAAAAUUAAAAAUAAACUUCUCUGAAUAACAUAAAAAAGAAAUUCUUAUUGCGGUUGCAUAUCCGGUGACUUCGUCGAUGAAAUUUUUUCUAAACACAAAUGAGUGAAAGUGUGAGGGGGGAGGGGGGGAUUUAAGAAAUUAGGCAAAUUAGACGUUACCAAUUAGAAAAUUAUCAAAUGAAUCAUCUCAUCAUGAAACAUGUACUGGCAUCUACAAUUAUUCCUCCCUUGUUAAAUAAACGUGCCAAUUACAUCUACUUAUAAAUCUCUCGAAAGUAUUUUUAAAAUGUCGUCAUCGUAAAAAAUUAUGGCAACUUUUGAAAGAAAAGUGUACCUCUUCCUCCACAAUGUUGUCUGGCGGGAUGUUGUUGGCCGCCAACAUGUUAUCGGCGUAAUGGCCUACAUAUCUGAGGAAUUCGAGUUCUGUCCACAUCCCCGCGUCCAGGCGGACUGUUGCAUGGCGUAUGUUGGCACCCGACGAAAUAUAUCUAUUCCUUUGUCUCUGGAGGCCCUGGCCAAGGAGACGGAGGGAGAGGGGGGGGGAGUCUACCUAGGAAUAAGUCAAAAUAGCCCAACAUGUUCUGAAUCGACUUGUUCCUCAGUUCAGGGAACCUUUCAAGCACCAUUCUAUGCAAAUAUCCACUAUAGGGUGUCGUUUUUAGCGAAAAUAAUAUUAACCAAGAUUGGGAGAAAUGAAUUAGAUUUUAUUACCAAAAAGGGACAUCUCGCUCUUUCGCAAGCGACUACCAACUAACUAAACUAUCAUGUCCGGACGCCACUCGGACGCCAGUCUCAAUCCACUCGUUGAGAAGGUGAAGCUCCCGGUUUUGAGUCUCCAGCUGAAAAAUACCUUUCCUUACUGAUAAACGGGUUUCAUUUCAUACAUCUAUCCUUAUUUCUCUUUAUUAGUUGAACGUUGUUUUAUUUCUCUCGUGUAGGUAUUUUUCAGCCAGAGCACAAUUCCAUGGAGUUUAACCUUCUUUUCACACGGUUGCAAAUUUACAACAAAUUAUACUUUUUAUUAUUUUUACUCUAAACAACAGAGGGUAGGUCAGUAGUUUCGUUCCGAGUGAUUUCGAAGUAACAGUGCACCAUGUGCUCGUUUAUUUCUUUGGACCACUUGGUUCCCCCUCGUCCUGGAACGGGAAGAGUUGUAGGUGCGGCCAUCACUACAACUGCAGGUGGCUGAUUACUUGCAGGCGUUACUUCCUGGGUUUCGCUUCCUAUAUUCUGCAUCUCUUUUGCAACUUCUUCUUUGAUUUGAUUUAGUAAAAAAAAAAACAAAAAAACAAAGGCUCUAUAAUUUUGGUCGUUCAACCUUUUUCCGAUAAGAGUUAGGAGUAUUGCAGUAUUAUACAUGCAGUAAUACGGAGAUAUACUGUCGUAUUCUGAAGGAUCUUUUAAAUCUACAUCCAAACCGGUGUUUUGGACGAAUUCUUCAAUAGAUAGAUCGACAAUAUCGACAAUUUCCUGCAAAAUUCUCGCCCUCACAUCCGUAUAAAACUCAACAUCAAUGCAUCCCACCAUGGCCAAGCCUACGCAGAGGCUUGUCAUAUGCCCUACGUCGUCAUCAUGUUGGAUUUUCAUAAGCUUUUUGUAGUGUAGGACUAAAUCUUCUGUCCUACCUUUCACAAUCCACGGAAGCUCCGGACGUGCUGAUUUGGUUAAUUUGACUUUGAUGGGUUCAAUUGAAGCUAAUUUUCCUGGAACUUCUUUGAUCACUUCACCAGCCUUUUGACGGGCGUCAACUAUCAUCCGAAUUUCAUUCUUGUUUGAUUAGUUUCUUGGGAACACUUGAAAAAAUUGAAAAUCGAUUCCUUGCAGCUAUUUCAGGAAAAAUUGUCCAGGCCAUUGACUCCUAUAAUGCCAUGAUAUGCCAUCAAUUCAUCUGUCAAUCUAUUAUUUUAACUAUUAUUAUUAUCAUUAUUACUCAAAAGAAACCGAA